CUGAUUGAUACGUACACAUAGCCAGCCACUAUCUUGCUUGAUCACUGGCCAUUGUUAUUGGAGGCAGAGAUAGAUGGCGGAGGAAGAGGAGAAGCUGGUGAACGGCGUCCGCCGAGGGGCUGGGGCGGGAAUUGUUGAGGUGAAUCCCAAGCCGCAAAAAGGGAUGAGUUCGAAGCUGAUUGAUUGGUUGGAGAAGUUGAUAGUUAAGCUCAUGUACGAUUCUUCACAGCCUCAACAUUACCUGUCUGGUAACUUCGCUCCCGCCCCCAACGAAACUCCUCCCACCAAAGAUCUUCCUGUCAAAGGCCACCUCCCUGAAUGCUUGAAUGGUGAAUUUGUCAGGGUCGGGCCCAACCCGAAGUUUUCCCCUGUGGCUGCAUAUCACUGGUUUGAUGGAGAUGGAAUGAUUCAUGGUAUGCGCAUUAAAGAUGGAAAGGCAACAUAUGUCUCCCGUUUUGUGAGGACAUCGCGUAUUAAACAAGAAGAAUAUUUUGGAGGUGCUAAAUUUAUGAAGGUUGGAGACCUUAAAGGGUUUUUUGGAUUACUCAUGGUCAACAUACAGAAGCUGAGAGAAAAGGCUAAAGUGUUAGAUUUAUCAUAUGGAUAUGGGACAGCUAAUACAGCUCUCAUAUAUCAUCAUGGGAAACUUCUAGCACUUCAAGAGGCAGAUAAACCUUAUGUCCUUAAAGUUUUCGAGGAUGGAGAUCUCCAAACCCUUGGCAUGCUUGAUUAUGACCAGAGGCUGGCACAUUCCUUCACUGCUCAUCCGAAGGUCGAUCCAGUCACAGGUGAGAUGUUUACUUUUGGGUAUUCACACGAGCCACCAUAUAUCACAUACAGAGUCAUUUCAAAAGAUGGUUUCAUGCACGACCCGGUACCAAUAACAAUAUCAGAACCAAUCAUGAUGCAUGACUUUGCGAUUACUGAGAACUAUGCAAUUUUCUUAGAUCUUCCUUUGCAUUUCAGACCAAAGGAGAUGGUUAAAGAAAAGAAGAUGAUAUACUCAUUUGAUGCUUCAAAGAAGGCCCGUUUUGGUGUGCUUCCACGAUAUGCAAAGGACGACCUUCUAAUCAGAUGGUUCGAGCUUCCUAAUUGCUUUAUAUUUCAUAAUGCCAAUGCUUGGGAGGAGGAGGAUGAAAUUGUUCUGAUCACUUGCCGCCUUGAGAAUCCAGAUCUGGACAUGGUCAAUGGGGAGGUCAAAGAGAAACUGGAAAAUUUUAACAAUGAGCUGUAUGAAAUGAGGUUCAACAUGAAAACUGGUCUUGCUUCACAAAAGCAAUUAUCAGUCUCUGCUGUUGAUUUCCCUAGGGUGAAUGAAUCCUACACUGGCAGAAAACAAAGAUACGUAUAUGGAACCACUUUGGACAGCAUCGCAAAAGUCACAGGGAUUGUGAAGUUUGAUCUGCAUGCUGAACCAGAGGCGGGAAAAGCAAAGAUUGAAGUUGGGGGGAAUGUUCAAGGCCUCUUUGACUUGGGUCCUGGUAGAUUUGGUUCAGAAGCUAUUUUUGUGCCUCGUGAGCCAGGGACCACUUCUGAAGAGGACGAGGGCUACUUGAUAUUCUUUGUACAUGAUGAAAAUACUGGAAAAUCAUCAGUAAAUGUGAUUGACGCAAAAACAAUGUCAGCAGAUCCCGUUGCAGUUGUUGAAUUACCUCACAUGGUUCCUUACGGCUUCCAUGCUUUCUUUGUGACCGAGGAACAACUCCAUGAACAAGCCAAAUAGAGAUCGCACGUAGACGUCUUGAAACACACCCGAGUUUUCAGACAAUUAAGAUCCUGGAGACGAUUCCCUUGGUUUCUACACUUCAUAACCUGUGGUUUGUUACUAUAAGAUUAAUCCCUGUCGGGCUGUCCAUGUAUAGUUAUACCAAAACUACAACUAAAAUGCUUGUAAUAAGGGUAUAACUCCACGUACUGAGAAGAUACUGUCAGCGUCUUUUAAGAAUGUUUCAGUUCCCUUCGAACCCCUUACCAUUACCAAAACUGAGAUCCUUUCUUUGGCCAUGGUUUUAUUGUUUAUUUUUUUUCUUUUUCUAAAA